CACUUUAUCAGUCUCCAGCGUCAUAUCCGAUCCAUACAGAGAGCUAACUCAGUGACCGUCGGUCUGUCUGUCAGUCAGUUUGACGUUCGCCUCAGUCUCUUGAGCAUUACGUCGGCCUCGCGGUCUUACGUCGGCCGACGUCCAUCUACGAUGCGGCUGAAGAGGUUGUGGGUGGUGAUGGUGACCCUGGAGGCGGUGGUCGUGUGGGAGGCCGCAGCACAGGGAAACUGCAAUCAUUUAGACACCCGGAGGCGCCCUGAACCCUGCGCGUGGGCUGCGAAUCCGGAAGAAAACAGGAACGGCUUCCUCAACUGGCUCAUAUUGGGCUGCAACGUUGACACCGAUAGGUGCGGCCGUAGAGAGUCGAACCCUCACGUGGAGUAUGAGGGUUACGACGGGUGGUACAACAACUUCGCCAGACCCAGCCAGGGAGCCGUGGACACUCCUCUUCUGCGUCUACUGCCGCCUGCCUACAAGGACGGGGUCUACGAGCCGGCCAACAGGACCACCAAUCCACUUUACAUCAGCAGAAUGCUUAUGUCUGGAAACAAUGGAAUGUUAUCCAGAGGCGGUAGAACAGCUUUCCUCGUCUUCUUCGGUCAGCAGGUAGUGGAGGAGAUACUGGACGCUCAAGGAGCAGGAUGCCCUCCCGAAUAUUUCAACAUUCCAGUGGAAGAAAAUCACGAAUAUUUUACAGACAACCCCAAGCUGAAGGAACUACCUCUCCUGCGUACGCGCUACGACAUGACGACCGGCUUCUCUCCGAACAACCCACGCCAGCAGCUGAACGAGAUCACACCCUACAUGGAUGGGGGUCUGGUGUAUGGCACCGCUAAGGGCUGGGCUGAUGUGCUUAGAACCUUUUCCAAUGGCUCCUUGGCACCCGAUGGCCUCCUGGCCUGGCAUGAUGAGCUGGGGGAAGGUUUUCCCGCCCAAAACACCCAGCGCCUGCCUAUGGCCAACCCGCCCCCGCCUACCAACCACUCGGAGUUCGUCGAAAGAAGCUCAACAGCUCCAGUCGACCGGUUCUUUAAGCUGGGGAAUCCAAGAGGGAAUGAGAACCCGUUUCUGCUAACCUUCGGAAUCUUCUGGUUCCGUUGGCACAAUGUGAUAGCGAGGUUCCUGAGGAGAAAUCAUAUCGACUGGUCAGACGAACGAGUGUUCAACGAAGCGAGGAAGUGGGUGAUAGCAACGUACCAGGCUGUCGUUUUCUAUGACUGGCUCCCCAAAUACAUGAGGGAGCCUCUUGACCGGUAUCCAGGUUACAAGCCAACGACGGACCCUCAAGUAAGCCAUGUCUUCCAGUCGGCGGCCAUGAGGUUCGGGCACACCUUGGUGACCUCUGGAGUUCACCUGAGGAAGCGGAGUGACGAUGACUGUACCACUGAAGGCUACACGCUGGUUCCCGGUCAAGGGCACCACGGAGGAGUCAGGACUUGUAACUCCUUCUGGCGGUCUCCGGAAAUCUUCACCCAGGACAAGGGAAACUUUGAAAAUUUUCUGAUGGGAUUGAGCAGCCAGAGCACUGAGAGAGAGGACAAUAUCAUUGUUGAAGACCUACGGGGUCGGGUGUUCGGGCCCCUGGAAUUCUCGCGGCGGGACCUGAUGGCAGUCAACAUCCAGAGGGCUCGCGACCAUGGUCUCCCAGAUUACAAUACCGCCAGGAAGCACUUUGGUUUCGAGACACUCAAUUCACUUAAUGUGGAUGAGUUCAAACAGAAAACGUCAACUCAUGUUCCAGAUGAAGUAAUUGAAAGACUCGCAGAAGUUUACGACAACGAUCCGAACAAGGUAGAUAUUUGGGCAGGAGGGCUGCUUGAGACGAGGAAUGGUCCAGGACAGCUGUUUUCAAGAGUGAUCUUGGACCAGUUUCGCCGUAUACGGGAGGGUGAUCGCUUCUGGUUUGAGAACCUCAACAAUAACUUGUUCACGGACGAGGAGAGGAAGCGUAUAAAACAGGUGAACGUGAUUGAUGUGUUGUUGUCCGUGACGAACCUGGUGUCAGGGAAGGACAUUCAGUUAGACCCGUUCACAGCUGUCCACCUCCCUGAUAACACUGUGAGCGGAGAGUGCUUAAACGUGCUCAGUGUACAGCAGCCUUGCCAGUUACUUCCCCGCAACACCACCUGUCGGUACUUGCCACAGGUUUCCAAUGACAACACGGAGGCGUGUACCCCGCCUGGGACCUACGAUUACUUCAGUGGAUCUGAGGCCUCGUACGUUCUGUCCUUCACGCUGGUGUUGGCUGCCUGUGUGGCGCUGCUCAUCCUGGUGAUAGUAAAGGACCAGACUAAAGUCAAGGAGGAGACGAGGAGAGUGUUCAGCACCAUUGCUGUGACAGGCAACGUCCACAAGGCUAAAGAGAGAGUGGCGUCGAUGGAGAGUCGCUACGUGAAGGUGGUCCUGGCCCCUACCUCAAGACACAUCAAGGUUCAGGGCAUGAGGGACCAGCUCCUCAGGACCAUUGACCUGAGAAAUGUUCAUGAUCUGCUCGUUAGGCAUCUCCAGGACUACACCCAGAUUGUGGUCACGGUGUCGCAUCAUUACGACCUGUUCUUGAAGUUUGAAGACGGCUUCCAUGGCGAAAGACUGUACCAGGACCUAGAUAAGUUUUGUCAGGAAAUUAGUGUGACGCUCAAUUCCAAGCCGGAGACGAAGUCAUCCAUCUUGCGAGGAAUUAUGACAGUUUACCAGAGGGAGAAGCAGCUAGCUGAAUUCUCCAUGGUGGUGAUGAAAAAUGCGUUUGGAGACAGAAAGAAGGCAAAGGCGACGGAGAACCUGCUGUCAUUGACCUCGGGCAAGAUGUCCGAUUACCUGACCAUGGAGAUUACUCAGCACGAGUUGGCCAACCAGCUGGGGAUGCUGCCAGACUCAAUCUUCGUCACUCAGCUGUUUCGUCUGAUGGACACGGACCAGAGCGGAUUCAUCACCAUCAAAGAGUUUUGGGAUGUUAUGGUGGUGUUCGCACAGGGCAAACCCGAGGAGAAGGCCUGGCUUAUUUUCAGCAUCUAUGACAUCUCCAACAAUGGCUACAUCUCCGCUGACGACCUGAUGAGCAUCGUAAAAUCAACACUUGGGAGCGAGGGCAAGAACAGAGAUCUGGACCAAGUGGUCAAGACCAUGCUGGAGUCGGUGGGUCUCCAGAACGGCCAAUUCAUCGACUUCGAGCAGUUCCAGCGGAUCUUUGACCUUCAGGGAGACAUCUUUAAAAACGUAAACAUCGACAUGCAGGAGCAAUCCGGCGGGAACAAGGAUUCGAGGUUUAGUCUUUACGGAAGCAUCCCCGUCGGAGGCUUCGUUGCCGAGGCCGCUAGGAAGGAAUACGAAGAGGCGAGGAAGGAGGUCCUGGCUGAAGAGGAGGAUCGCGAACCUCCAGUUCUGAGCACUCUACACCAGUACUACAAGCAGUUGGUCAAUAAGUUCAAAGUGAACAUCGUUUAUAUCUACUGGAAAGCCCUCUAUACUUUAGUUAUGCUGAUGAUCUUCGUCGAGAGGGCCUACUAUUAUUCUGUUGAACGAGAGCACGCUGGCCUCCGUCGCAUCGCUGGCUACGGCGUCACCAUCACCAGGGGAGCCGCCUCGGCUAUGAUGUUCACCUACUCCACACUCCUCAUCACCAUGUGCCGCAACCUUUUCUCUGUCCUCAGAUCCACCGCUCUCCACCGCCUCUUCCCCUUCGACUAUAUGAUCGACUUCCACCGCUACAUCGGGGAAUGGGCGCUCAUUUGGACGGUGGUACACGUCAUUGGCCACGCUAUCAAUUUCUACCAUAUCUCCACCCAGACGCCCUCCGACCUCACCUGUCUCUUCAGGGAUUAUUUUAGGAGAACGCACGUGCUGCCCAAGUUUCACUACUGGUGUUGGGAGACGAUCACGGGUCUGACGGGUGUGUUCCUCACCUUCCACACCGCCGUCAUCUACAUCUUCGCCCACUUCGGCAGGAAGCACUACUUCCCUUACUUCUGGCACACGCACAACUCUUACCCGCUCUUCUACUUCCUCUUCGUCCUGCAUGGCUCCGGCAGGCUGGUGCAGCCUCCUUUCUUCCAUUUCUUUUUCCUUGGCCCGUGUGUCCUCUUCGUCUUGGACAAGCUCGUCUCCAUCUCAAGAAACAAGAUCAAGAUAGACGUCAUCAGCGCCCAACACCUGCCCUCCAGCGUGAUUCGGCUUGAGAUCCGACGACCACCAAAUUUUAGUUUCCAAUCCGGUCAAUGGGUAAAGAUAGCUUCCACUGGGAUUGGUGAACAGGAGUACCAUCCCUUCACCCUGUCGUCUGCUCCCCACGAGGAGAACCUGACGCUUCACAUCCGUGCCGUAGGCCCUUGGACCAAGAAGUUGAUUCAGGUGUAUCAAGACCAAGGUCCUCGCACUAAAUACCCGCAGAUCUACAUGGACGGACCGUUUGGCGAGGGUCACCAGACGUGGUGGGACUACGAGGUGGUGGUCCUUGUAGCUGGAGGCAUCGGCGUCACUCCCUUCGCCUCCAUCCUGAAGGACAUUGCUCACAAGCUGCAGAACUCCAGGACGCUUCUCAAAACCAAGAAGGUAAUUUUCCUGUGGACGACGAGGAGCCAGAAGCAGUACGAGUGGAUGACCGACAUAUUGAGGGAGGUGGAGACGCUGGACAGACACAACGUGAUCAGGAACCAUGUCUUUAUCACCCAGUUCAAGAGCAAGUUUGACCUGCGCACCAUAAUGCUGUACCUGGCAGAGAGACACUUCCAGAGGGUAUCGGGAACUUCACUCUUCACGGGGCUUCGAGCCAUCACUCACUUCAGCAGACCCAACUUCACCUCCAUUUUCAAGUCCAUCAAGAGCAAGUACAAUGACGCAUCAGUUGUGGGUGUGUUCACAUGCGGGAGUCCAAACUUGAGUCAGUCAGUUGAACACGGCUGCCAAGAGAUCAACAAGGAAGAAGGCCCCGUCUUCAGACACUAUUAUGAAAACUUUUAAAUGUAGUCUUCACACACUACUUACACUCACAGCUGCAACUACUGCGACUGCUACCUUCCUCUUUUAUACCUACUGCCAUUGUUUGCAUUACCUUCCAUCCCUACAACUGCUGCGACUAUCCAUUCGACAUUCGAGAGAGAGAGAGAGAGGAGAGAGAGAGAGAGAGAGAGAGAGAGAGAGAGAGAGAGAGAGAGAGAGAGAGAGAGAGAGAGAGAGAGAGAGAGAGAGAGAGAGAGAGAGAGAGAGAGAGAGAGAUCAUGUAGGAAAGGGCACGUCAACACGAAAACUUUGUUGGAUUCUGUCAACAGAAAGUCUGAUUUACAACGAGUUUGGAUUUCUCAACUGGAGUUACCAUCAACUUUCACUGACACGAUGUUCUCAUGUCGAACCGUCUAUUUUACUCUCCUAGAUUUAUUUUUCCUGUCUCUUUCUUGUCUAUGUUAUCUCUUCGUCUCUCUUGUCUAUGUUUUGUCUCCUUCUCUCUUGUCUAUAUUACAUGUCUCUCUGUUUCUGUCAAACUGUCUCUGUUCAUUUGUGUCCUCGUCUGUAGCUCUGUUUUUCUGUAUUUUCCGCUACCGAUUUCUGUUUUUCUUCCCGCUAAUGAUGUCUCUGCACCCGUAAAGAAGUGGAAUAAAACUAUUAAUAUUGUCGAUAAUGUUUGAAUGUUUAUUAUUAGAUAUAUUGUUACUCCCGAUUUUGUUUUUCGUCAUCAAUUCCUUAUAUUUGGUUUAUCUAUUACGUUCCGCCAAAAGUAGUUUAGGUUAUAUUUUAAAAGCAUCUUUGCUCAUUUUAAUAUAGGUUAGUUUUAAUUGUAUAUUUAAGGUAUAUUGUAUGAGAACUAAGCUUAUUACUUUAAUUUUUUUGGUGCUUUGAAAUAUACGAAGAAGAGCUAACUCUUAUUUCGUGACGCAAGCUUGAUAUUGAUGACGCAUUUAUGACGUCAAUUUCAUGUUUAGAAAUUACACAUGACGUCACAUUUCACCUUUUGGACGCAUUUGUGACGUACCAUUUCACCUUCAUGACGUGUUUAUAACGUCAAUCAGUACGGGUUAAAACAAUUGACAUUUAUCAGUCCUCGACGCUGGUUAGUCCAUCACUUUGUUCCACGUAUUCACUUGCUUUGUUUUAAUUAAACAUUCUGCUGAAUUUGCUAUUUGGUGUAUUUGUCUUAUGCUCAAUAAAUCCUUCUUGAAAA